UUACAGAGUUCUGGUAUUGGAGAGCCUAGUGUGUACCAUGCUUUGGUUGUGAUAUUUUUAGAAUUUUUCGCGUGGGGUCUACUCACAAUGCCCGUCAUUUCUGUUCUAAAUCAAACCUUUCCGGAUCAUACGUUUCUAAUGAAUGGUCUAGUUAUGGGCAUUAAAGGCAUUCUAUCAUUUUUAAGUGCGCCAUUGAUUGGUGCUUUGUCUGAUAUUUGGGGUCGGAAGUUUUUUCUACUAAUAACAGUAUUUUUUACCUGUGCUCCCAUACCACUUAUGACAAUAAAUACAUGGUGGUUUUUUGCUAUGAUCUCAAUAAGUGGCAUCUUCGCAGUGACCUUUUCGGUGGUAUUUGCAUAUGUCGCUGAUGUUACAACAAUUGAGGAACGCUCAAAAGCUUAUGGUUUGGUGUCAGCUACAUUUGCUGCAAGUUUGGUAAUUUCACCAGCUUUGGGUGCUGCACUAAUGGAAUCGUAUGGUGAUACUUUGGUGGUUGCACUUGCCACAGCAAUUGCAGUGCUUGAUGUUUUCUUUAUACUGGUUGCUGUGCCGGAAAGCUUGCCAGAGAAAGUGCGGCCAUCAUCGUGGGGUGCGCCAAUUAGUUGGGAGCAAGCUGACCCAUUUGCAGCGUUACGUAAAGUUGGCACAGAUCAUACCGUUCUGAUGCAGUGUGUUACAGUUUUGUUGUCCUACUUGCCAGAGGCCGGUCAGUAUUCAUGCAUAUUUGUGUAUCUGAAACUAAAAAUGGGUUUCAAUACAAUGGAAGUAGCAAUUUUUAUAGCUGUCGUCGGCAUACUCAGCAUUUUUAUACAAGUGACAUUGGGCUACUUAAUGCGUGUUAUUGGACCAAAGCGCACUAUUAUUUUAGGUUUAGUUUUAGAAAUGUUGCAAUUAGUUUGGUACGGAUUUGGUAAUGUAAAAUGGAUGAUGUGGGCGGCAGGUGUGUUAGCUGCACUCGGUUCCAUAACAUAUCCAGCUAUAAGUGCUUUUGUAUCCAUACAUUCAAAUGCUGACCGACAAGGUGCUGUUCAAGGCAUGGUAACAGGCAUGCGUGGUCUAUGCAACGGUCUAGGCCCAGCUAUGUUUGGUGUAAUAUUUUACUUAUUUAAUGUGGAUCUUAAUACCGAUCAAAUUAACACAGCUGGUGCGGAACCAAAUCAGAAUCAUACGUCUAACAAUGUUAAGUUUGCGCAACUGGUUCCAGGGCCACCGUUUCUAUUUGGCGCAUUAAUGGUCGUUUUGGCGAUAUUAGUGGCAAUAUUUAUACCAGAUGGUAGAGGCAAAGAUGUGAAUCUAAGUAGAGCACCUAGCGAAAAGAAAAGAGCAUCUGUAGAUGUACAGUAUGAAAUUGAAGGUGGGCAUAAAACAACCAGUCCUCUAUCACCACUAAUGCGUGCAGAUUCUUUGGCGCAGCUGUAGUUGCUAAAUCUUAUAGGCUUGUUAGUUUUAUAUUAAUUUACCAACUAAAUGUAUUGAUAUAUUUUAUAAUUUGUAUUAAUUAAUAU